AUGACUGGUAUGAUGGAUAUGAUAAUACAUUUCCGCGAAAAGGAACUCAUCCUGUUCUCGUUUUGGAGGACCGGAACAUUACUUGGGAUGGCUGUAUCCAUGUUCAUCUCGUUUCUUCUCUGUAUCUUGUAUGAGGGAAUUAAAGGAUUACGCCUAUUUCUAGCUUUACGUCACGUGAAGGUCAAUGCAGGAGGAGACCAAGAUACCGCACCACUUACUCCAAUGGUCCAAAUGACAGGCUACACGAAACGAGUGUUUUCUGGCGCUCGCUUGGCUCAAGCUGCUUUAUAUGGCAUUCAAGCACUUCUUGCCUACAUUCUGAUGUUGAUUGUGAUGACAUAUAACGGAAAUCUUAUUCUCAGCAUUGUAGUCGGUGAAGCUGUGGGUUACUUACUCUUUACAGGAACACCGCUUGUAGAUUCGCAUUUGGCAACUUGUUGUUGA